AUGAGAUUGGAGAAUAGUGAGGAGGAAGUUGCCACUCGGCCUGGCAUGGCGUUCGACCUUGAGGGCCGUGUGAUAAUGUGGGGUCGUCACAACAGCCAAAGACGCUGCCUGCGUCCGCUCCCUGUCGAGGCGGAUUCCGGUCUGUCAUCAGCGCAGGAAUUUUCAGAACGGAAUUUUCGUAAGUCAGCCUCAGGACGAUGA